AUCCAAAAUCUAUGUCAUUUUCAUUAUUAAACUGAAUAUAAGCGCGAGACUCGAAAAUUCUCAUAGGUGAAUUCCAGAAGUGACAAUCACAGUACAAUACUGAAAUAGCUGUGUUAAUGGAGGAGCUGCAGAAGGCAUUAAAUGAUAAAAAUUUAACAGUUUCAUCUCUCCCAGAGAAGGGUCGUUGCCUUUUUACCACUCGCGACUUAUUUCCAGGGGAAGUGAUUUUAAGUGAAGAUCCAUAUGUUUCUGUUCCAAACAAGAAUAAAGAAUCGCCCAACUCAAAAUGCGAGUGGUGUUUUUCAUCAAGCAAACUCAAGAAAUGCUCCGGCUGCCAUGUUGUUUGGUACUGUGGAGGCACUUGCCAGAAAUUGGAUUGGAAAUUGCAUAGUGUAGAAUGUAAAGCCUUGGCAAAAGUAGACAAGAACAGGGUGAAGUCGAUCACUCCAUCUAUACGUUUGAUGGUGAAGCUUUAUUUACGAAGAAAGUUACAACAACAGAAGGGGAGUGCUCAACUGCCUUGGAAUAGGCAUAUAUCAAAUAUCAUCCCAACUACUGCCACAGACAACUACAAUUUGAUCGAACCCUUGGUGUCUCAUAUGCCUGAUCUUGAGGAGAAGCAACUGGUAUUGUAUGCCCAGAUAGCUAACCUGGUAGCUUUGAUACUUCAGUGGCCUGAGUCAGAGAUCGAUAUUAAAGAGAUUGCAGAGAACUUUUCUAAGCUUUCAUGCAAUGCACAUUCCAUUUGUGACAGUGAACUGAGACCCCUUGGAACAGGACUGUAUCCGGUCAUUUCUAUUAUAAAUCACAGCUGUUUACCCAAUUCUGUUCUAGUAUUUGAGGGAAGAUUGGCUGUGGUCCGAGCUGUGCAGCAUAUACCAAAAGGUGCUGAGUUUGUUUCCAUCAACACCUUGCACUUUGAGGAAAGUCUUAUUUUGUCUUGUCAAUGGCUUCCAAAGGUGUCAAUCAGUUAUGUAGAAACGGCUGGAAGCACUAUAACUCGGCAAAAGGCUCUUAGGGAACAGUAUUUUUUCUCUUGCACCUGUUCCCGCUGCUUAAAAAUGGGUCAAGUUGAUGAUAUUGAAGAAAGCGCAAUUCUAGAAGGUUAUAGAUGCAAGGAUAGAAGAUGCAAUGGUUUUCUUCUUCAUGACUCUGAUAAUAAAGGAUUCAUAUGCCAACACUGUGGGCUUCUUAGGAGCAAGGAAGAAAUAGAAAAUAUUGCUAUUGAAGUCAGAUCAAUGUCUGAGAAAGCUUCAAUGGCAAUCUCAUCUGGGAAUAACACACAGGCAAAUUCUGCUUAUAAGAUGAUUGAGAAGCUCCAGUUGGAGCUGUGCCAUCCAUAUUCAAUCAAUUUAAUGAGGACUAGAGAGACUAUUCUGAAGAUAUUGAUGGAGCUGCAGGAUUGGAAGGAAGCACUUGUAUAUUGCAGAUUGACCAUUCCGAUUUAUAUAAGAGCAUAUCCUCCAUUUCAUCCUUUGGUCGGACUGCAAUAUUAUACUUGCGGAAAACUUGAAUGGUUGCUAGGAGAGACUGAAGAAGCCGUCAAGUCACUUACCAAGGCUUUCAAUGUGCUGAGAAUCACUCAUGGAACAAAGACCCCUUUCAUGAUGGAACUGUUGAGUAAGUUGGACGAAGCUCGUGCUGAAGUUUCUUACAAGCGUUCAUCUCAGAAUGAAGACUGAACUUUUUGUUGUCAAAUAUGCUCUGCGGUUUACUAAUCUUCCUUGUAUGGUCAUUAGACUUACUUUUUGGAGAGCUAAUCUUAUAGUAAAAAUGUUCACAUUGGACAAUUUUUAACUCAUAAUUGGUUUGCGAUGUACUUCAGAUUUGUUUGUUUAGACUUUGUUCCUUGUAUUUCUUACCAUGUAUAUGAAUAUUUUAUUUAGGACACAUUAAAUGAUUUUGUUGUAUAAGAUGUUAUUUCGUUA